AUGAUGCUCCAACAGCCCCCGUCUCACGUCACGAAACUCGAAGAAUACAUCGGCGGAUCGUCUGUUAGCAGUGGUCACGAACACGAUUCUAUCAGAAGUUCAACGACGCCAGAGAAUUAUGAUGACCUAAUGGAAGACGACGUAAAUCAGAAGAAUGAAGAACAGGAGGUGGAGAUGAACGAUGUUUCACAAAGAGUCAGCAAGUUGGAGAACAAUUUUGUAUUCAUACAGCAUCAGCUCUCCACUAUAAUCAGUCAUCUACACAUGGAACCAUGCAAAUGUGCCACGUGUGCCCAAGUGAUGGAGGCUGGAAAACCAAAAAAACAAAAUGCUGCCUCCGAAAUGCUCUCCCAAAUAUUCCCGAAUGCCUCAGCUGAGCAACUGAAAACUCUUUUGGACCUCUCGAAACAGAACAAAUUACCCUCUCAAAUAGUUCACAAGGAGUCCAAUGGCACCGUGCAGUCAGCUACAGUAACCCCGAAACCAGUGACUCCUCAAAUCGAACAGAACCUGAAAUUGGGUCAAGGAUAUCAAAGUGGAGGAAACGGAGGGAAGAUUCAGAUGCACUCAGAACGCCACUCAGAACCUUCCAGAAAAAUCAAGAAAUUAGGAUUCCCACCACCAGUUUCUGCUUAUUAUCAGAGGAAAGAGAGUGGUACUUUGGCUCCGCCCACUCCACUAACAUCCAUCCCUAAUUUCAUCACAAAUACUCCUGCUGCAUCUGCAUCCAACACAUCGAAUGCAUCACCAGGACCGUCGAGUUCAGAUGGGGAUGAUAUUGUGGAUACUCCAGUACAGUCGAGUACGGUACCUGCCACACCGACGACUCCAGGAACCAAUUUGUUUACCCAGUCAAUGGUCGAUAUGCUGAAACUGAAUUCUCAACAAAACGCCGCCCACUCCACUGGUUCCCCAGGAUUCCUUCGUGGACGUGGACGUGGUCGACCAAAGUUGAUCGGAGAUGAAUUGGAUGCGGAUCUCGUUGACUACAUGGUCACUCUCAAAAACGCGGAUCCCCAUAAAGGCAACUUCACAGCAUCUCAAGCACUUCAUAUGGCACGUCAAUAUAUUUUGGAGAGAGCUCCCGGUCUUCUGGAAGAACACGGAGGACACGUGAAACUGAAGUUGACGUGGGCAAUGAAAUUAGUGUCGAGAAUCGGAGAAAGACAACGAGAAAUCGAAUUGGGUCUGCCGGCUGGAACACUUUCGAAUAUGGGAAGAAAUCUGACAAAUAUUCCGACGGGCGGGAAUUUUAUGGCGGAUAUGAUGGCUCAGAACAUAUUCUCUCAGCACAUGAUGAUGGUUAACCAGCAGUUGGGAGGAGGCUCUCCGACUCAUUCAUCUAAUUCGUCGGCUGUGGAAACUUCUGGAGGACAUCAUCAGAAUGAAGAGAAUUUACACGUAAAGAAAGAAGUGACCGCAAUGCCAGAAAUCAUAAAUAUAAAAGAGCUCAAUCUACCAUUCCUCAACAACUUCCUUGCCGAAUUAAACGACAAAAAUUCGGGAUUAAUUGACGGUGAACUCGGGGCGACAUCCUCUUCGUCCGCCCUCCUCUCUGCUCCAAAUGCAUAA